AUAUCAGUGGCUCUACUGACAGUCUGCCUUUUCCUAUAUGCACGGAGACUUGAGAUGGCCGUCCAAACUAAGGCCCUGGUCUCGGCAAGGUGGCUUGCAGAUGCCAUCAAAGCCAAUCGGAUCGGACCCAGCCUGCGCGUACUGGACUCGUCUUGGUACUUGCCAAAACUUGUGCGUAAUGCCAAAAAGGACUUCAAGCAGAGACACAUUCCUGGCGCGCACUUCUUUGAUUUAGACCACUGCAGUGACAGAAACACUCCUCUUGAUCAUAUGCUUCCUCCUGUCCGGAGGCUCACGGAAUAUGUCGGAGAACUGGGGGUUGGCAACGACACGCAUAUCAUAGUUUAUGAUGCCAGCGAGUACGGAGCGUUCUCUGCCCCGCGUGUCUGGUGGAUGUUCAGAGUGUUUGGCCACGAGUCUGUGUCAGUGCUCGACGGUGGCCUCAAGAAGUGGUUGAGCGAGGGACAUUCCGUCACUGAGGUGAAGUCGAAAGCGGAACCUACAGAGUUUCGAGCAACUCUGAGUCUGCCAUGGGUGAAAACAUACGAGGACAUGCUGAAAAAUGUAGACACUAAAGAAUUCCAGGUGGUGGACGCUCGACCUGCGGGGAGAUUCCUCGGUGUUGACCCAGAGCCGAGAGAUAACACUGAACCCGGACACAUCCCAGGCUCCAUCAACAUGCCCUUCACCUCCUUCCUGGCUCCGUCUGGUGAGCUGCUGUCCCCUGAGCAGCUGAGGGAGCUGUUUGAGCGCGCGGGCGUGGACCUGGGCCGGCCCAUCUGCGUCACCUGCGGCUCGGGGGUCACCGCCUGCCACGUGGCGCUGGCCGCCCACCAGUGCGGGCACCCCGGCGUCGCCGUCUACGACGGAGCCUGGUCCGAGUGGUACACCCGGGCCGCCCCGGAGAACGUGAUCUCCGCAGGCCGAGGGAAGCACCGGUGAUGAUGAGGAGGAUCUGUUGGAAGAGUCAACACAGAUCAAAGCCUUUCCUGUUAUCAGCGCCCCUAUCGAAUGGGCCGUGAAGGACACAGUGGAGAACUCAUUUGCGUCACACAAGACCAGCACAUGCUCCACAGUACGUGUGUGUUCAUGUAAGCUGGAGAUGUUUUGUCUUUCACAGAGGGAUACUAAGCCUUAGUCUUAUAUGUAUUAUCAUCUGGGAGUGAGCUGUACAAUUUUCGGGCUUAUUCAUCUCACAGACGGAUGAAUGCCAGUUGGAGACUUUAGGAAAUGGUCCAUCGGUCAUGAUACAUUAUGUUUUUUUUCAAUAUCAAUUGCUGUAAAAGCUUUAGAAAAGAUUAUAUUAAACAAUGCAUGUGAAACAAAUGAAAA